AGAAACUUUCUGGUACUUCCUGUUUGUCGUCCUCGGUCCUCCGGUUUCCGUCGGUCUUUGUUCCCCGGGGACACUCUGUCCUCUGGCUUCGGUCCACCGGAACCUUCCUGGCUCUGUGAGCCCGACUGGGAGCGGAGGAGCCGGUGCUGAUGCGGUUCCGUCCUGAUGGAUUUUACUUAACGGUCCGGAACUCUGUCGGUGGGGCCGAGGCUCGCUGUGCGGGAACCGGGUCAAGGGAACGGAACUCUGUAACCCAGUUCGGUUCGAUCACUUUAACCUGAGGCUGGACUCAAAGCGGUUCGACUCCGUUCUGCUGAGUUACUUCAGGUUUUACCCCGAGGUCGGACCACAGUCGGACCUGUUCACUGAGUUUUAAUGUCGUCCGGACUGGAGAACUGGAUUUAAAUUCGAUCCAGUUUCUUGAACUGCAUUAGGACCAAAGUUUAACUGGAAAAAGUUCUGUGGGAGUUGAAUCCGACUGGUUAUUAGUACUGUAGGCUGACUGUGUCCCUGUGCGGUUCGGUUUGUAAAACCAGAUUAAAAGUCGACCGGUCUGCUAGGGCUGGGUUCCAGUUAAAAGUCUUUAAAAUGGGUUUAGUCUAGACUGGGUUUACUGGUAACCAGUAGUCCAGGUCUUAGAUGUCCCACUUCCUGGUCCUAAACUGGUCCUAAAAUCGUCUGGUCUUGGUUCUGUCCAGAUCUAAAAUUCUAAAAAAAAAAAAAAAGGUUAAGUCAAGAUCAUAAUUGGGUUUAGUCCAUGUCUUAGGUGGCUUCACUCCCGGUCUCAGCGGGAUUCGGUCCAGGUCUAAAUUGGGUUCAGUUCAGUUUUUUCCUCAACAUGGCAGAACUCACCCAGACCUCCCCCUCGCUAUGCUGCUGCCGUAAAUCCCUGCCGGUCUCUGGGGGUCGGUGCGUUGGGGACUCCACCCUGCCAUCAGCUGGUCCAUGGCCUGGUGCUCCACCCUGCCCCUUGGUGGACGUGGCUUCGGCAUCAAACUUCAGGUGUUUCCAGCUGCGUCACUUUCACCUGGAUCUGCAGUUGAACUUUGCAGCAAAGGAGAUGACCGGCUGGCUGGUUCUGGACCUGGUUCCGGUCGAGCCGGGGAUCAGCACCCUCAUCCUGGACUCCCACCCCUCCCUGUUAAUCCACUCCAUAGACUGUAAGAUUCCAGGGGACGAGCCAGAGGAGCCGGCCUCCCUCACAUACCGGGUGGAUCCGUUUACAGACUAUGGAUCCUCGCUCAUCAUCAGCCUACCAGCUGGAACGGUGAAACCCAGCAGACUGAUCCAGAUCACAGUCCGCUACACGACCACGGACGGCCCGGCGAUCUGGUGGCUGGACUCUGAGCUGACCUGCGGUCAAUCUUGUCCUCUAGUCUUCACUCAGGGACACUCGGUGUGUAACCGCUCCUUCUUCCCGUGCUUUGACACUCCGGCUGUGAAGAGCACCUACACGGCCGCCGUCCGGGUUCCAGAUGGUGUGACGGUUCUGAUGAGUGCAUCCCGGAGUUCUUACUCCAAACUGGAUCGUGUCUUCCAGUUUUCCAUGGAGUUCCCGGUCCCAUCCUACCUUGUGGCGCUGGUGGCCGGAGAGCUGCAGCAUGUCGACAUUGGCCCGAGGAGUCGUGUGUGGGCGGAGCCAUGUCUACUGUCCUGUGCUGUGAAGAAGCUAGGGGGCAGCGUGGAGCGUUGGUUGGGGGUGGCUGAGGACCUGUUUGGAGAGUAUCUGUGGGGCAGGUGUGACAUCGUUUUCCUUCCCCCUUCCUUCCCCAUCGUUGCCAUGGAGAACCCCUGCCUCACCUUUAUCAUCGCAUCUAUUCUGGAAAGCAGCGAGUUCCUGCUGAUCGACGUCAUCCAUGAGAUUGCGCAUGGCUGGUUUGGAAACGCUGUCACCAACGCCACCUGGGAGGAGAUGUGGCUGAGUGAAGGCCUGGCAACAUACGCGCAGCGGAGGAUCACCACAGAGGCUUAUGGUGAGGCCUUCACCUGCCUGGAAACUGUUGUUCGAUUGGACGCUCUGCACAGACAGCUGCGUCUCCUUGGAGACAGCAACCCUGUGAGCAAGCUGCAGGUCAAGUUUGAGCCAGGUGUGAACCCGAGCACACUGAUGAACCUGUUCACCUAUGAGAAAGGCUUCUGCUUCGUGUCUUACCUGUCCGAGCUCAGUGGGGACGUCAGACGCUUUGACAGCUUCCUUAAGGACUACAUCUCAGAGUUUAAGUUUCAGAGCGUGGUGGCUCAGGACCUCAUUGCCUACUUCCUGCGGUACUUCCCGGAACUGCAGGACGCUGCCGUCCCUCAGAGGGAAGGUCUGGAGUUUGAGCGCUGGUUAAGUGGCUGCGGGCCUCCACCCUUUGAGCCAGACCUGUCAGCAGGGGGCGCUCUGAUAGGGCCGGUCCAGGAAUUGUGUGACUUGUGGCGGAGUGCCAACCCACCUGACCAGCAGGCGCUCGCCACCUUUGACCUGUCUGUCUGGAGCACCUUCCAGGUGGUUCUGUUCCUGGACCGGAUGUUGGACCACUCUCCGCUGCCACAUGAGGUCAUAGCGAGUCUCUCUGCUAGCUACUCGUCGCUGUUCGACAGCCUGAACGCUGAGAUUCAGAUCCGCUGGCUGCAGAUGGUGGUGAGGAACACGUUCUACCCCGACCUGCCGCGGGUCCGAGCCUUCCUGCACAAACACACCUCCAGGAUGUACACUGUGCCACUCUACGAGGACCUGGUUGCUGGGGUGAUGAAGUGCGUUGCCGUGGAGAUCUUCUACCAGACACAGCGUCGCCUGCAUCCCAACCUGAGAAGGACACUGCAGCUGAUCCUGUUCCCGAGCAGCUCGGCUCCGACCAAUCAGAACAGUCCUAUACCACCCAUUGUGGCUGGCUCCUCCCCAUCCGGUUCGCCACUUCAAGCUCCAGCUACCACGGCAACCGCCUCUGCUGCUGGAACGACCGCUGCCAUGGCGCUGAGAGACGUCAACGUGUCUGCAUGACAACCAUGAAGGCCUCUGAGGCCCUUAAUGGUUUAAAAUCAGAACAGUUUAUAGUCUGUUUUCCUCCUUCUUCAUCAUCAUGUUCGCAAACAGCAGAACUUACUAGAAUUGAAUGUGAAUGUUCUGAAGGUUCUGCCUGAGUGCUGAGUGCUGAGCCGCAAGGUUGUAAGAACAUAAGCAGCUCACAAAUGGAUGAGAAAAAUUUAGUGUGAAAAUUUUCCCUUUGCCUCGUCCUCAAUGUCUGAACCUUGACCUGUUUCUGAUCCAGAAUCAGAACUGAACCUCAGGUCCAGAUCUGAACACCAGCAUCACCUGAAGACCAGAGCAGCCUUAUUGCUUCACUGUGAAACACUCCGACUGAUUUAAAUUCACCAUCUGAAGGAGGGAAAGUCGGGAUCUUUUAACUGAUCCGGUCAGAUCCUCAGGAAUCUGCAGACAGGCGUUAAACUUCUGAUCAGAUCCAGAUCCCUGAAUGCACCGUCAAAAUCUUUCUAAUUGAAAUGGCUGAGAGCCAAGCAAACUAAAUCAAAUCUGAUCACAAGACCAAUAAUCUAUGAUUAUGAACCGACUUCCCUCUGCAGUUUCAUUGUUUUAUUUAUUCUGUUUUCCUCACAAACAAUCUAUAAAUAAAAAAAUCAUCUUUA